UAAGCUCGGGCCACUUCGUCCAUGGCGUCCUUUCACGUUCACAGGGAAUCUUCCACACUUCCUUCUGCAAUCUUUCCCAGCCCUAAUCCGAUCGAUGGAGCCACCGCACGAGCACCACCAUGUCCACCACGAAGGUUCGCCGGCAACUUUCCCUCCGUCGACCGUCUGCGCCAACUGCGGCGGGCCGACCUCUAUGCCCGCGCCGCCGCCUCCCUCCGACACCCCCGCCUACAUCCCCAUCCGCUUCCCCGCCGUGAACCUUCCUAACCCCCCGGCCAACACCCGAGAAGUCAUUAUCCGCACCCCUGUACCCCAAUCGGAGAAGGUGGAGCCGAUCACUAUCCCCCACGAAUUCACCGUCCCUUCCAAGAGGAUCCGCUCCGCGGAGGAUCUCGCUCGGUUCCACUCCUCCCCGUCCUUCCGCAACUUCAUCGGCUUCGUCGUUUCCCUCUCCGAGUCCAUGAAAUCGCGCAAGCUCUCCGAUCCGUGCCAUGUCUCCUCCGCCGUCGAAACCCUAGUAUCUAUUCUUCAGAAGCUGGUCGAUUACGUGGAUGAAAUCCCUCCCGCGCCGCAGGCUGCGCGCUAUGGGAACGUUUCCUAUCGCGUUUGGCACGAGAGAAUGAGCGAUGAGGCCGAGUCGUUUAUGCUGAGUCUCCUGCCUGAAAAUCUUCGGGAUGCAACCGUAGAACUUGUCCCAUAUUUCACUGACAGCUUCGGCAAUGCCACUCGCAUCGAUUACGGCACUGGUCAUGAGACAAACUUUGCAGCAUGGUUGUAUUGCCUGGCAAGAUUGGGUGUACUGAGAGAAGACGAUUAUCAGGCUUUGGUGUCGAAAGUGUUUGUGAAGUACAUGGAACUGAUGAGGAAGCUGCAGCUUACUUAUAGCUUAGAGCCUGCAGGAUCCCAUGGUGUAUGGGGACUGGAUGACCAUCAUUUCUUGCCGUUUAUAUUUGGAUCAUCUCAAUUGAUUGACCACAAGUAUAUGAAGCCAAAGUCGAUUCAUAAUGAGGAUAUUUUAGAUAAUUUCUCAAAUGAAUACAUGUAUCUAUCAUGCAUUGCUUUUGUGAAGAGGGUUAAGAAGGGAUUGUUUUCAGAACACUCACCUAUGUUGGAUGAUAUUAGUGGUGUUCCUAAUUGGAGUAAGGUGAACAGUGGGCUUCUAAAGAUGUAUAAAAUUGAAGUUUUGGAGAAGGUUCCUAUUAUGCAACAUUUUCUCUUUGGCUCAAUGAUCAAAUGGGAGGAAUGAGUAGUGGGAGGCAGAUGUUCUGCUCAAGACUAUAUGGAAUGCAUCAGAAACUAGACGACCUCUCUUUUGUUUUCAUCAAUUUUCUGUAAAGCUAAUAUGACUGGGAGUCAGCCAGCUGUUAGUAACUUCUCCAGAGCCGUGAUGCUUUUAGUAUGAUACCUAUGGACACAUUUAGGCAUGGAAAAGGGGAGCAGAAGCUUCUUGUAAAGAAGCGCAUAUACUAUAUCUGCUCAAAUAUAUGUACCCUCCCCUUGGCCCGUAACUAUUAUUUCUUUAGUACUAAGAACUAUCUUGUCGCAUAAUUCACAUGUUCUGUAAUUUGCAUAUUUUUGUACCUGUAUGUGUGUACUCAUUUGUUAUCCUUAAUAAUUUUGGCUUUACAUUCUAA